UUCCCGAUCCAACCUCAUCUCCCAGUCUCCGCGGACAAUCAAAUCUUGCAAAUAUGCAACACUGGGUUAUGGAUUGGAUGGCCUAUAGUCAAGACGACGUCUCUCGAACGAAUACAGAUGGACACCAGCUUUUUUUUUUUUUUUGUUGCUUCGAACGGACGGGACGGGGACGAUGGCCCAGGCCGAGGCGGCACCACCCCUUCCCCUCAAUAUAUCUAUCCCUAGUCCCGCUACGUCCAUCGGUUGCCUGCCAUUCGGGACAUGAGCGACCCCUGACGGGGAAGCUUAUGGGGACCCAAGUCUCUCUGCUCUUACUCUGCACCUACCUAAAUAGACGGGUACCCAGGAACGAGUGUACACUGGUACCGAUGUGGCUUCACUCCGGAUGUCGAAGGAGGUCUGAGCCAGCCGAUCCACAAACGUACCAAGUGCAUCAUUGGACAUUGGACGCUAGGUGGGAUCGAUCCCGAGCAGGACGACCCGGCGUGCGGCGUGCUGUGCACCAUUUGUGUGUGUUGUUUCCCUCCCGUCAUCGUCUUGCCGCACCUUUAAUUUUGAUGGACGAGGGGCACUCGCCAGGGUACCCUAUUCUCUCUCUCUCUCUCUCUCUCUCUCUCUCUCUCUCUCUCUCUCUCUCUCUCUCUCUCUCUCUCUCUCUCUCUCUCUGUCUCGCGGUGUCGGCUGGCCCGCGUCCCGCCUCUUGUUUCCCCUGGCUUCUCGUACCAUGAACACUCCCUCCGACGUUCUAAAUCGUCUUCCAAGCUGGAGAUCAUUGGCCCGUCGUCCAUCACCUCCCACAAGAACGGUGUUAGAAGAUGCUGCUGCU